AUGGCGACGCAUCAAAACACCUUCAGCGUGAUCUCGAAUGGCGCUCCAGGCGGUGCUCCGAGUAGGCCGCCCAUGACGUCGAAGCAGGCCCAGAAGCUCUACAAGCAAGCGAACAAGGUUCCUCGACGAUCGAAAGCCGAGCAACGAAAGUGGGAGAAGGAGAGGCAAGAGGAGAUCAAGAAAGAGCUGGAGCGGGAACGCGCUGCUGUCAAGGCAAAACAGGCACGAGAUCGAAAGAAGGCAAAGGAAGAGGAGGCCCGCGAGAACCGACGACGACAAGGACAACCCCUAUCAAGAUACUAUCGCAAGAUUCGUACGUGGGAAUGGGACGAGCAGAAAGAGGGACUCGUCGGGUGA